CAUGGAGAAAACUAUUCCUCGAAAUCGUCUUCAGUUUCUUGCAGAGCAGAUUAUACAUUUAUUCCUAACGGAAGAAGUAACGACAUACUUUGAAGCGUAUAGACAUAUCAAAACAAAAAAGUUGACCGCAAAAGGCAAACUAGUCUGGAAAUAUUAUAAUUUACGAAGAAAACUUUCCAAUUGCGGCGCGAUAUCAAAAUUGAAACCAUCAAGUAGCGAUCAUGAAAUUCCCUUAACAGAGGUGGAAUGUACCAAAUCAAUUGCUGGUAGUCUUUGUUGGUUAGAGCAAAAUAGAGGCACAAAAUCAAACUGGUCCCAAGUCGUUGAUCAUUGGCAAAGAACAUCAAAGAUUCGACUCUAUCGAUUGAUUCAUGGUGAGGAUAUAGACGAUGAGAUGAAUUCUGCAGCCGAAGCAGGUGAUGAAACUUCAAAAACAGCUGCUGCGAAGAAAAGUCAGAAAACAAAACAACGUCCUACUCUUUAUGACUACAAAGUAAAGUAUCCUGUUUUUCAAGAAAAUAGGGCAUACGAAUUGAAAUCAAUUUGAGCUGGAAUUUUGUUGAGAAAUCCAACAGGGUUCAAGGAAGUCAAGGUAAUUUCAAGAAAUUUUCAAGAAUAAAUGUGGUAUCGAUGAAUUUUUCUAUCAGGUAGAAUCGGCUCUCCAAGCUAUAGAUGUUUUGUUUAAAAUCUUUUUCGCGCUUCACACGCCUUAUCCGCCGGAAUCAAAACAACUAUGGUUGUUCAUUCAAAAAGUGGUCUACGGAAUCAAUGAGUCUUUUGACGACCACUUCACGGGUGUAACGACAACGAUA